ACAACAUAUGAAACGGCGACUCGCAACAUUUCAAAAAUUAUUGCUUCAUGCAAUGAAAUUAUUAUUUUUGCUGAAAUAAAUUUGUGAGUAACAAAAAUGAAGACAAGAUUUAAUACCUUCGAUAUAUUGUGCAGCGUAGCCGAACUUCAGAGUCUAGUUGGUCUACGUGUGAACCAAGUGUAUGACAUUGAUAACAAAACGUAUUUGAUCCGGUUCCAAGAAAAAGAUGCUAAGACUGUGCUACUCUUGGAAUCGGGAUUUCGAUUACAUAAAACGGGAUUCGAAUGGCCGAAAAAUAUGGCACCGUCCGGAUUCACAAUGAAAUUGCGGAAGCAUCUCAAAAACAAACGUCUGGAAAAGCUGGAGCAACUGUCACUUGAUCGAAUUAUUAGCAUGCAGUUCGGAAUGGGUGAAGCUGCCUACCAUGUCAUUGUCGAGUUGUACGAUCGCGGCAAUAUCAUUUUGACAGACCAUCAGAAGAUCAUCCUAAAUAUUCUUCGGCCUCAUACCGAAGGCGAGGAGGUACGAUUUGCGGUUAGAGAAAAGUAUCCGGAAAGUCGAGCCAAGGAAAUAACUGCACCGGAAACUGUUGAGCAACUUGAAAUCGUUCUGCGGAAUGCAGCACCAGGGGACUACUUGAAACGAAUAUUGAAUCCGGUUUUGGCCUAUGGAUCGUCGUUAAUUGAGCAUGUCUUGUCGAAACACGAUUUACUGGAUGUGAAGCUACCCGAACCAGAAAAAACUGAAACUGUGAAGGCUAAGGGCAAACAGGGAAAAAAUAAGGAAACGUUCAAGAGGUACUUCGACUAUUCUUCCGACCUGCAAACGCUGAUGAACGCCAUAAAUGAAGCCAAUGAUAUUAUCAAAUUGGCCUCGUCUAACAAGCAGAAGGGCGUCAUCAUUCAAAAACGUGAAUUGAAACCAUCCCAAGAUAACCAAGAAGCCGAAUAUUUUUAUCACAACAUCGAAUACCACCCGUUCCUCUUCCAUCAACACAAAGACAUGCCGCAUAAAGAGUUCGAGUCGUUCGACCAGGCAGUGGACGAGUUCUAUUCAACACUCGAAGGUCAGAAAAUCGAUGUUAAAACAAUGCAGCAGGAACGGGACGCGCUGAAGAAAUUAUCUAACGUCAAGCGCGAUCACGAGAAACGUCUGGAUGAUCUCAGCAAAAUUCAAAUUGAGGAUAAAAAGCGAGCGGAAUUGAUAACAAGGAAUCAAGCGCUCGUUGAGAAUGCCAUUUUAGCCAUUCGAAGUGCAUUGGCCAAUCAAAUGGCUUGGUUAGAUAUUCAUGAUUUGCUGAAAGCUGCCCAAGCGAAAGGCGAUGCGGUGGCUGCAUGUAUCAAGCAGUUAAAAUUGGAAACCAACCACAUUUCGCUGUAUCUAACGGAUCCGUAUGACUUCGGUGAUGGUACGGGUGAUGAAACAUUGGAACCAAUGACAAUCGACAUCGAUCUAAGUCUAUCAGCUUACUCGAAUGCAACGCGAUAUUAUGACCAGAAACGAAGUGCAGCGAAAAAGGAACAACGAACCAUUGAGUCAUCGUCCAAAGCUUUGAAAAAUGCCGAGCGCAAGACCCAACAGACGUUGAAGGAAGUACGAACCAUAUCGACAAUAACGAAGGCGAGAAAAGUGUUUUGGUUUGAGAAAUUCUAUUGGUUUGUUAGUUCGGAGAAUUAUUUGGUGAUUGGCGGUAGGGAUCAGCAACAAAACGAAUUGAUUGUCAAGAGAUAUAUGCGACCAACUGAUAUUUACGUUCACGCCGAAAUACAAGGCGCAUCCAGUGUUGUUAUACGAAAUCCAACCGGGAACGAAAUUCCUCCGAAAACGUUACUGGAGGCUGGUACAAUGGCUAUUUGUUAUAGUGUAGCCUGGGAUGCCAAAGUAGUCACAACAGCUUACUGGGUAAAGAGCGAACAAGUUAGUAAGACCGCUCAAACUGGCGAAUACUUAGGUACGGGCAGUUUUGUGAUUCGCGGUAAAAAGAACUUCUUGCCGCAAUGUCACUUGACGCUGGGUCUGAGCUUCUUGUUCAAACUGGAAGAGAGUUCCAUUCAACGACAUCUUGGUGAAAGAAGGGUUCGAACAUUCGACGAAGAUGGUAUCGAAUCACGAAUCAAUGAAAUGGAUUUGGAAAGUGAGAAUGCGAACGAUGCGGCCGAUGAAGGAGAACAAGAAGUUGAGAUAAACGAUUCAGGUGACGAAAAUAAUGAUGAGGAGAACAAUGUUCAAGUGGAACAACAUUCCGAUGCAGAUAAAAGUGAUGAGGAGGGUCUGUUUCCCGAUACUCACAUUAAGAUUGACCACAAAACCGAAACCAAUCGUACGCUUCCUACACUCGAAAAACUGAUUUCAAUUACAAAGGACUCCCCGGACGACGAUCAGGCGUACAUAAUUCAUGCAGCCCCUCAAAAAGUCAAACUGAAUAAGCAAAAGAAAAACGACAAAGAGGCGCGUAAAGGUAAAAAGCCUCAGGUGCCGGUUGAACCGAAUGACGAGGACAAUAAGUCAAAAUCGAAUCAACCGAAACGAGGUCAAAAAUCGAAAUUGAAAAAAAUCAAGGAAAAAUACAAAGACCAAGACGAAGAAGAGAAGCGAAUUAGAAUGGAUAUCCUAAAGUCGGCGGGAAAUAAGGACAAGAAACCGGUCACAAAAAUAGAUGAAAAAGACAAGGAUGAACCCAAGCCUGGCAAACCGACUCACCCGAAACCUGCACAGGAAGAUGUUUUGGAUGAAAUAGAUGACGCUGUAGCUGCGGGCGCCGAUGUUGAAAUGUUGGAUUCGUUGACCGGAUGCCCAGUUGAAGAGGAUGAAAUUCUGUUUGCUGUUCCUAUCAUUGCACCGUACCAAGCCUUACAUAAUUUCAAAUUUAAAGUGAAAUUAACACCAGGAACAGGUCGGCGCGGUAAAGCUGCUAAAACGGCCAUGAUGAUGUUCUUAAAGGAAAAAACUUGCACCCCCAGAGAAAAGGAUUUGCUGAAAGGUGUCAAGGAUGAGACUAUUGCUAGAAAUAUUCCCGGAAAGGUUAAAAUGCAAAUGCAUAAAUUGAAGAAGUAAAUUCGGAAUUUUGUGAUUUUUGUUGAUGGCCGAAUAAAUCAUUUUCGUUAACAAUA